CAGAUUAAAAUUUCAUUAGCAUCUGGGUUACUUAAGUCAUCCAAAUCCGGCAAGUGUCAUAGUCAAUCAUAAUUUGGUCAGUGUUUAUUGAUGCAUUCGUGUUUAUAAUUCCUGUUUUACAAGUUAAGACUUUGUAUUUAUUUUAUUCUUAGGUCUCAGGUGUAUAAUUUAACAAACUGCAAAUAAAGUUUAACAAAAAUGUCGACUCCACCUCGAGAAACGAUACAAAAACAAAUCCAGCAAGACUGGGCGAACAGAGAGUACAUCGAAGUUAUAACAGGAAGCAUAAAGAAAAUCACUGAUUUUCUUAACUCUUUUGACAUGUCGUGCCGGUCUCGCUUGGCUGCUUUACAUGAAAAACUUGUCUCAUUAGAAAGGAAAAUAGACUAUUUGGAAGCUUGCGUAACAAAGGGAGAAACAUUGACAUAAACCAAUGGACUUGCAUGACCGACUGGAACUCUCACGCAGCAUUUAUUUAAUUCUAUUUAUAUCUCAAUGUAUUCUCUACGAACCAAUACCUUGUGUGUACCAAUGUAUUUUUUAGAAAAUUCAUUCACCGAUAAAUAAAUAAUAUGAAUUCACUGUCACAAAA